UUUUUAUUGUUGAAUGUUGACUUGUGAAGUGUUGACAGUGUUGUUGAUUGUAGAUACUAAAUAAACGGCAAUUGUUUAUCAAUUGGUAAAAUAUUUCAUAAAGUGCGGUUCUUAAACACUUUAAGAUUUAAUAAACUUAAUACUGAUUAUAUAGGAACCAAUUGAAAUGAGUUCACCAAUCCCAGACACGCCUUCAGAUAGAGAUGGAGCCAGAUCUCGAAUGACUUCACCAGCUCGUGAUUAUGAGAUGUUCGAAGAUGAAGGCGCUAUUCUUGGUGAUAAUCCGGUGGACGAAGAGGAGGAUGAUGGCGAGGAGUUGUUUAACGAUAAUAUGGAAGCUGAUUAUCGUCCAAUGCCAGCUCUGGACAGAUAUGAUGCAGAUGGUUUGGAUGAUGAGGACUACGAUGCAAUGUCUAUGGAUGAUCGGGUUGCUGCUGAGAGAGAGCUUCAGCGAAGGGACAGAGAUGAAGGGAGGAUGAGAAGAGAUGAUAGAGAUUUAUUAUAUGAUGAAUCAGAUGAAGAGGGUGGUGAUGCACCUCGGGCCAAACGUAGGCGUGCGGCGGAAAAAGCAGCAACUGGAGCUGACGAACAAGUUGAAGAAGGCAUUGAAAGUAUAGAGAACUUAGAAGAUACAAAGGGUUAUACAAGCAAAGAAUGGGUAUCUAUGUUGGGGCCGAGAACAGAAAUUGCAAACAGGUUUAAAAAUUUUCUGCGAACAUAUACAAACAGUAAAGGCCAGUAUGUCUUCAAGGAUCGCAUACGGCGCAUGUGCGAACUUAACCAGGCAUCAUUUCACGUCGAGUUUGAUGUUCUUGCCAGACGAGAGCAAGUAUUAGCCUAUUUCUUGCCGGAAGCGCCAUUCCAAAUGCUGCAAAUAUUUGAUGAAGUUGCCAAAGCGAUUGUGCUUCAGAUAUUUCCCAGUUACGAACGAGUUACUUCAGAAAUUCACGUUAGAAUAUCAGAUCUGCCUUUGAUUGAGGAAUUGAGGACGUUCCGGAAACUGCAUUUGAACCAGUUAGUGCGUACCCAGGGUGUGAUCACUGCUACGACAGGAGUGUUACCACAGCUGUCUGUUGUCAAGUAUGAUUGUAAUAGAUGUGGAUAUAUAUUGGGGCCGUUUGUGCAGUCACAAAACUCUGAAGUGAAGCCGGGAUCAUGUCCGGAAUGUCAAAGUUCUGGUCCAUUCAUGGUAAACAUGGAACAAACAGUGUAUAGGAAUUAUCAAAAGGUCACAAUACAGGAGUCUCCGGGGCGGAUCCCAGCUGGUAGGAUACCCAGAAGUAAGGACUGCAUUCUGCUCUCAGACCUCUGUGAUAGAUGCAAGCCAGGAGAUGAAGUUGAUUUGACCGGCAUCUAUACAAAUAAUUAUGAUGGAUCCUUGAAUACUGAACAAGGCUUUCCCGUAUUUGCUACAGUCAUAAUAGCCAACUACAUAGUAGUGAAGGAUUGCAAACACAUUGUUGAAUCACUUACCGAUGAAGAUGUUGCACAAAUACUUAAGUUGUCCAAAGAUCCAAAUAUUGGUGAGAGAAUUAUACAGAGUAUAGCGCCCUCUAUAUACGGACAUGAAUAUAUAAAGAGAGGAUUGGCACUAGCUUUAUUUGGAGGCGAACCCAAAAAUCCAGGUGACAAGCACAAAAUCCGUGGUGAUAUUAAUGUACUGAUUUGUGGAGAUCCCGGUACGGCUAAGUCUCAAUUCUUGAAGUAUACAGAGAAGAUCGCACCACGUGCUAUAUUCACAACAGGUCAAGGCGCCAGUGCAGUCGGUCUCACAGCAUACGUCAGAAAGAAUCCAACUACAAGGGAUUGGACGUUGGAAGCGGGCGCACUAGUGUUGGCUGAUCGCGGCGUGUGCCUUAUCGAUGAAUUCGAUAAGAUGAAUGAUCAGGACCGAACGUCGAUACACGAGGCCAUGGAGCAGCAGUCCAUAUCUAUAUCCAAAGCUGGCAUCGUAACUUCACUGCACGCUAGAUGUUCGAUAAUAGCUGCGGCCAAUCCGAUCGGUGGUCGAUACGACGCGUCGCUAACGUUUAGUGAGAAUGUCAACUUGUCUGAGCCCAUACUGUCGCGGUUCGACGUUCUAUGUGUGGUCCGAGACGAACCCGAUCCUAUGCAAGACGCUCACUUGGCCAAAUUUGUUGUAAGUUCACACAUAAAACAUCACCCGACUCAGCGAGGCACUACUCUCGAGGAUGCCAAUGAAGAUGAUAUAACAUUGCCACAGGACUUGCUGAAGAAAUAUAUUGUGUACGCAAGAGAAAACAUCCACCCUAAAUUACAGAACAUGGAUCAGGACAAAGUAGCGAAAAUGUACAGCCAACUACGACAAGAGUCCCUCGCUACUGGAAGCUUGCCCAUCACCGUCAGACAUAUUGAAUCUGUGAUAAGAAUGAGCGAAGCGCACGCGAGGAUCCACCUGCGGGGACAGGUGAACGAGCAGGAUGUCAACAUCGCCAUCCGCAGCAUGCUGGAGAGCUUCGUGGAGACGCAGAAGUACAGCGUCAUGAGGGCCAUGAGACAGACAUUCCAAAAAUACCUCUCAUACAAGAAAGAUCACAGUGAACUCCUAUACUACAUUCUCCGUCAACUCACAAUGGACCAACUGGCCUACAUGAGGGGACUCCAUAAUCAUUCCCAGUCUGUUAUUGAGAUAUCGGAGAGAGAUUUGCUGGAACGAGCCAGGCAGAUCAACAUAUCAGACCUCAAGCCGUUCUACGACAGCCGGAUAUUCAAACUGAACAACUUUUCAUAUGAUGCAAAGAGGAAAGUCAUAAUGCACACCAUGCCAGAGGUACCGACAGCAUCAUAAACACUUCAACUCACAAGGGUUCUGGUAAUCAUUAGAUAUAUAAAUUUGGUUACGUCAGAUUUGAAGUAUUGUAAAGUUGAGCUAUUUAAUAUUGCGGACCUCAAAGCUGUGUCACCAUGAAUCUCUGUGUUUAUAGUACAGCUGUAUUUAAAGAAUAUGAUUUGGAAGUUUUAUAAUUAUAUUUUUUAAUAAUAUGGUAGAUAUUUUACAAAUCCAAACUUAUACUUUCUUAAAUCACAUGUUUAGAUUUAGUUUUUAAAUAAUAAAGAAAUCACAAUAACGAUCAAUCAUCUGUCGACCUAGAUUCUGUUGUGUUUUUUAUUUUCAUUGGAAAACAACUGUGACCAUGAUAGUUCUAUCUGGGUUGAAAAAUCGGUUACAAGUAUUCGAUGUACUCAAGUACACAUAUUAUGCAUUAUAGUACUUAUUUUCCAUACAGAGCUCGGAAUAUUUCAUUAUAUCACUUCAAAAAUCAAAUCUCAAAACAAAGUAUAGCAAAACUGAGUAACCACUGUGAACAUAGCCACAGUUACAAACUACAUAUGAUGAAAUAUGCUUUACAUAAAAACAAACCCAAUACCUAUUGAAUUCGUUGGACUUUUUAUAAAACUGGCUCUAAUCAAAGAAUUUCUAAUGUUUCUUUCCUUUUAUUCGUAUAGAGUGACAUGUUUGCUAUGGAUAAAACCCUUCUUUAUUAAGAUCUUUAAGUUAAAAACACCAUAACCUUAAAUUUUUUCGCCUCUCCUUUAAAUAGAUUAAUGACAGGUUCUAUUGUAUUAAAUACAUAAUAGAAUUAAAUAUAUUCUGUGUUCCUAAUCUGGUGUCCGAAAUCUUACGUUCAUUCGUAGGUGUAGGUUAUAAGGUUAAUUUGUUUUUAUGCUGAAGUAUCUCUUUAACAAUUGCAAAAACAGACUCCUAAAACAAAAGAGCCACAACGAAAUAUAUUUUCACUGUUAAGUCUCAUGGUGGUCUAUACACAAUUUUAAUUAAUAUUUUAUAUUAAUUACAAAUACGAGUGCAAAAUUUCAUUUUAAUAUUUUUUUUUAUUAAUCUUUAUAUGCAAAAUGACUAAUAGUUGAAUUUUGGCUUUUUUACUGUUGGUAAUAAUAAAUAUUUUUUAUUUUAAAUUCCGGUAACAUCUAGAUAUUUCAAAGCCAUAAGACACAUCACAUAACUCAAGUAUUUAAUAGAAAUAAGAAUUAAUGUUAUUUUAUGAAUGUUAAUAUUGUCGCGGAGCAGUUACAAAGUACAAUAUCCAGCGUUAACCCGUUGUAUCUACUAUCUGUCCCUUUCCCUCGCGCGAAAUAUUUGUUUUGUCUCGCUCGUACAGUUACACAUAAUUGUUAUUUUUUUAUUUUAUGAAAAUAAGGGUCCGGACGAGCAGGACGUUGCAACGCAGCUAAUGGAAAUUGGUACGCCCUGCCCAUUACGAUCCAGUGCCGGUCAGGAUUCUUGAAAUACCCAAAACUUCUGAGCGGCACUGCGCUCGUCACCUUGAGACAUAAGAUGUCAAGUCUCAUUUGCCCAGUAAUGUAACUAGCUAGGGCCCCCUUCAGACCGAAACACAAUAAUGCUUACACAUUUCUGCUUCACGGCAGAAAUAAGCGCCGUUGUGAUACCCAUAAUCUAGCCGGCAUCCUGUGCAAAGAAUGCCUCCCACUAUUUACCUAUUAAUUAAUACUAACCCUUGUCAACAUUGCGCAUUUCACAAUCAUUUUAUAUAAAAUGAAUACUUUAGGUAUAUUAUAUAAACUAUUAUUGUGCGGUUAAAGUACCUUUUUAUUUAACACACUGCUGUCUAUAUACAUAGGCCAGCGAGACAAGAUAAAUAAUGUAAACAAACGAACCGUUACUGAGUUAAAUAGUGAUAGCGAGCGAUUAUUAUACAUUUCUCUAUCACACUCGUAAACAGUAAUGGCGUCAGUUGGUGUCGACACAGGAAAGCAGUCAGUACCGCAGUUGUCAACAUUUGGUCGGUCAUUUUAUGAAUAAGUUCAUUCUUGCUUGGAUUGUUCGAAGUGACGCGUAUUGUUUCGGUAUUUUGUUAUUAUUAAUCCAUUACUGUUACUUUUCUUGUUGAUUUAUGAUGUUUUGUGAGCAGUUGUUGAUUAAAGUUAUGGAAUAAUAGUCCGGCAGCUCUAGACAACCUUUGAAAUAUAACAUAUAACAUUUUUAGGGUUUCGUAGCCAAGUGGCAAAAAACGGAACCCUUAUAGAUUCGUCAUGUCUGUCUGUCUGUCCGUCUGUGUGUCACAGCCACUUUUUUCCGAAACUAUAAAAACUAUACUGUUGAAACUUGGUAAGUAGAUGUAUUCUGUGAACUGCAAUAAUAUUUUCACACAGAAAUAGAAAAACAACAAUAAAUUUUGGGUUAAAUAAUACUUAGAAGUGAAACACAAAAUGUUUCUUUCAUCAAACUCAUAUGUGUGGGGGUAUUCAUGGAUAGGUCUUCAAAAAUGAUUUUUAGCUUUCUAAUAUCAUUUUUUUCUAAACUGAAUAGUUUGCGCGAGAGUCACUUCCAAAGUGGUAAAAUAUGUGUCACAAGUAACUUUAAAAUAUGAGAAUGAUAAAACUAAAACAAAUAUAUGAUGUACAUUACCAUGGAAACUUCCACCGACAAUUGGUUUGAACGAGAUCUAGUAAGUAGUUUUUUUUUAAUACGACAUAAAUCGUAAACCGCAAUUUACCUUUCAUUCAAUCAACUCAAUUAUUAUUAUUAUUAUUAAAGAACUUUCAUAUUAUGUUACUUGCUGCUACGGAACCCUUCAUGGGCGAGACCGACUCUCACUUUUUUUUCAAUAUUCAAAGAUAUCGAUGAAAAUGUUUUGAACCCCUGACACUUUGUUUACAUUCCUUAUCUCGUCUUGUUGGCUUUACUAUAGAAAGAUAUAAUUCAUCCGUGCGGCGUCAAUCACAAAGUAUAAACUCUACAUAUUACACACACAUAUUCACAUUCUAUUUAACAAAAAUCUUCUAAGCGUAACUUUAGCUUCCCUAAACUUCAAACAAUCUUACAUUUUCGAAUGAUUUUAAGCUACGUACAGACCGAUGUAAUAUUAUCUAUGUAAUACGAUGUAUUAAUCGUAAGAAUUUCACUGUGAACAGUUUGAAUUUAUCAAUAUUUUAAUAAUUAAUGUAUUUUGUAACAAUCUAUUCAUUUGUGGUCGUGACCAAGUAUGUGCCUUUAUAUGCCUUCUUUUUGUAAUAAUUAGAAUUAAGAGUUUUUGUGAUGUUUUGUAUGUAAUUAAAUGUCUUUGAUAA